AUCUCCCGUAGCCCCAGCCGGGCGGGCGAGGUCUGCAGCGGCUGCAGCUGCGGGCAGGACCCCGGGGGAAGGCAGGGCCGCCCUCCCGGCUGGCCAGGAGUCCCCGCAGCCGAUAGGCAGCGUGCCAGCCCUGCUCGGCGGCCGGCUCCGCGGGCAGGCUCGCCCGGCAGAGCGGCUGCGGUGCUGCCAGGAGCCGGCUGGCCUGCCCGCAGCUCUGCCCCUGCCCGGUUAUAUGGGCAGCCGCGGAGGUGGGGCUGGGCUCUUCCCCCUUCGUCAGCAGCGUCCCAGGGUACGGGACAGAGCGCUCGGGGUAGCGACUAACGGGAUCGGCUCUCGCCACGACGAGAUGGGCAGGAAGCUGGACCUCUCCAAGCUCACCGAUGAAGAAGCCAAGCAUGUUUGGGAAGUCGUUCAACGGGACUUUGAUCUGCGGAAAAAAGAGGAGGAACGGCUGGAGGAGCUGAAAUGCAAGAUCGACCAGGAGAGCAGCAAGAGAGAGUUCCUGACGAGUCAGUCCCACCUCAAUGACACUCACUGCGUGCACUGCCUGCAGCCCUUCAAGUUCCUGCUGAACAGCAAACGCCAGUGCCUGGACUGCCACUUCUACACCUGCAAGAACUGCAGCCGCUACAACAAGAAGGAGCAGGGCUGGGUCUGUGAUCCCUGCCGCCUCUCCAGGAUCGUGAAGAUCGGCUCCCUGGAGUGGUACUACGAGCACGUGCGGUCCCGCUUCAAGAGGUUUGGAAGUGCCAAAGUGCUGCAGUCCCUCUAUGGCAGGCUGCAGCCAGGCCAGGGGCUCAACUCUGCGUUUCUGGGUCUUCAUGACAGAGUUUAUAGCCUGCCAGACAUUAACAGAGAGUGCCAGCUGCUCACCGUCUGUGACGCCAGGGAUGACAGCGAUGAGGAAGACAACGUCCUUCGUGGAGCUGAAGCAGAGUGCUACAGCAGAAUGUGCAAGACAAAGCGGCUGCUGUCUGUGCAUCCCUUUGAUUUCGAACUGGACUCGGAUUACUCUGCUCAGUCUCGCCGCCAGUCUGUGCAGCUCUCUCCAGCAGCCAGCAGCCCGGAUGCUUUCCAGUCCUUCCCAGAUUUCCCCAACUCAGCUGAAGAUGGCUCCCAGGAGUCCAGGAUCACGGAUGCAGACCUGGUGUUCCACCACGUCCUGCAGGAGCCAGGGGUGAGCGCUCCAGAGCAGCACUUCAGCACAGAAGUUCGGCUCACUGUCAACGCAGGGAGGAGGAGCCUGGAAAGAAACCCAAAGCCUGGCAUCCCCCGGAAGGAGCCGCCCCGGGCUCGGUACUCGGCCGAUAUGGACACCUCCGAUGAGGAUGUGAAGGGAGCCCAGCUCCCGACCUACCCAGCCCACCACGUGAAACGCCGCAACAGAGCCUCCUCCCAGGAGAACAUCAGCCACUCCUCAAACCAGAUCCAUGAGCUCAACACUCGCAUGUCCGCAAUUGAACGCGUGCUGAACCGCUUGGAGGAAAAAAUCCUGACACGCUCUGAUGAGUCCCCGGCCCCAGAGUCCCACACUGAUCCUGAUGCCGAGGAGGAGGACUUGAAGAGGAAGCUGGAGGAGUUAGCCAGCAACAUCAGCGAUAAAGAAGUUUCUUCUGACGAGGAGAAGUGUGAAGAAGAGAAGAGAGCAAAGAAACCAGAGAUGACUUCCUCUGGUGAUGACGUGGCCAGGGAUGUUCGAAAGAGGUCAUCGGCUCAGGCUCUGAGUGAGAUCACGGCCAAAGUGCUGAGAGCCAUAAACGCCACAGAGGAAGCGGUGUGGGAGUCCCUGCAUGGAGAGAGCCAGGGCUGUGCCCUCCCUGCGGGGCAGCUUCCAGGCCUGGCAGAUGGGAAAGAGGUGGCCGAAGUGUACCGGGAGCUUGAAGAAAAUGUGUACCUGACUGCUGGAAAGACCUACCAGCUUGAGAAGACCCUGAAGGAGCUUGAGGAAGGGGCUCAGCACAGCGGCACUACUGACUCGGAGCUGUCGGAGCUGGAGGACAAAGUGGCCCUGGCAGCUGCUCAGGUGCAACAGGCAGAGAGCGAGAUAUCUGAUAUUGAAUCCCGAAUUGCAGCUCUGUCUGCUGCAGGGCUGACAGUGAAGUCUGUGGAAAAGGCAAAGAAGAAGUCGAGUGUGCAGGCUGCCCAUCUCCAUUCUCCUGGUCCUGCCAGCAGCAGCCCUGGGGAGUCUUUGGAUGACAUUAAAGCAAUGCCCGGACUGCAGAGGUUCAGGAGGAAGUUCAACAGUCCCCUGGAAAUCACCAGUUUUGAUGACUCCUUUGACCGCAACUCCGUGUACCGUGGCUCGCUGACGCAGAGGAACCCCAACGGGAAGAACAGGAGGGUGGAGCGGCUCUUUGCGAAGCCUGUGAUGACCCACCUGUCCUGAGGAGAGGGGACCUUCCUGCUACCGCAUUUCAGUGAAGAUACAAGACCUCAGCAAAGCAAAGCCUCUCACAGCCUUCCCUGCAACACUUUUUCCUCCUUCUCCUGAGCCCCUCUCUCCCCAAAACCCUGGACAGAAAGGAAGCUAGGGGCCAUGGGCAGGAGGCCUUGCUGGCAGCUGAUGGGAAGAGGAGCAAAGCACUGGGGUGCAGACACAUGGCCAGGGGGUCUCAUGGGAGGAUGCUGGAAUGAGACCUUGGACUGGGGCAGCUCCUUGGUACUGGGUCAGCCAAGGGGACCGGAGAGGUUCAGAGCAGGAGUGACCUCCCCAUCCCCUGUGACAUUCAGCACAGGGACCAGGGCAGGGACACAGCCCUCGCUUGGCAAGAGCUGUCAGUGCCUGUCCCUGCUCUCUCCCAGGCUGCUGGUGAGCAGGGCCAGGAGCUGACAGUGACUCUGGAAUGCCCUGGGGGUAGCCCAGGUAGAAGAGGGACCCAGGCAUCCCAGUGCUGGGAUUCACAUCCCAGUGGUGGUCCCAAUCCCCUCCCAUGUCCUUUGGAGCUUUGCUUCCCUUCCCUGAGCAGCAAAGCAGGAUGAGAGCAGUGCUGGUCCCUCCCAGUGAGCGCCUGCUCUUUGCCCCAAGCCAUGCAAACACCACUGAGGCUUCUGCCACCGUGCCUGAAGCAGCUGUGGCCAUUUGGGGAUGGGAGUGAGGCGAGGCCUGAGGGAACCAGUGGCAAGAAAAGUGGGAAAGGCUGGAGGGCUUGUUUGGGAUUGGUUUGCUUCUCCAGCUUCUCUCAGUCUCUUAAAGGUAUCUUCACUCCAUGUGAAGCUGUAUCAGCAAGGUACAGAACUCCAGCAAGCAGAGUGUAGGUGCUCCUCUGCUCCACAGAGGGGUCAGCCCCUGCCAAGAUGCACUUGGUGGAUGAGCAUGUCCCCUGUCCCUGGUGAUGGCAUUGUAGAGCCUCUUAGGACCAUCCCAUCCUUUGCAGAGGCUGUGAUGACCUUUGGGGGCUGCAGCAGCCCUGGGCCCCUGGUGUCAGCCUCCCCCAGCUCCCCCAAGACGUUUGUUUUCCUCCAAUAUUCAUCUCUCCACAUCCACUAAGCCCAGUGGAUCAGUAGCGGCCCCAUAUCCAUGACCAGAGCAUCAGGAUGGGCAGAGGGCUGCUUUCUCUUGCAGGUCACUUUGGAAUAGGUUUUUUUUCUUCAGUCCUUGUACAGUCCCCACUUUCCUCCCUCCCCCCCUCUCCAGUGGGCAAAGUGGGGAGGAUCACUUAGAGCUGGAGCAGGGAUGUCAGACCAAUGCUGAGAGUUUCCCCCCCAUGGCCACCCAGGCUGGAUCAUUUUAGGUGAUUCCUGUGCAUCUGAGCUAAAACCACUUUAAUUGUGAGCAGUAGGGUGAGUUCUCAUGCAAGUAACACAUUUGUUUGGCUUUGGUAGUAGUAGAGGCUGCUUACUGCCUAGGAACUGGUCCUGUGGUCGUCCCAGAGAGUAUUGUAGGUCCAUGGUCUGGCCUUCCCAGCUGGAAACAAAACCAGUUUCUCAAUUUAAAAUUAAAUCCUUCUGGCCUGAAGCUCAAAAGGGAAGUGCAAACCUCUGCUGUCGCAGAAACUCUCCCAGACACUGCAGCUUCGCUGGAUCCAGCUGGUGGCUGUGCUGGGAUGGCAGCUCCUUGGCUGGAAGAAAGGAGCUCCACCAAGAUCCUCCAAAGGGUUUGUACCCACCCUUCUGGCAUCAGGGUUCAGCCUUCACCCCAGCCCCAUCUCUUGCUUGUCUGGUUUCAACCAUCACUCAAGUCUUUCCACGCCUGAGGCUGUGAAGGAAUCCUCAUGGGGAGCCUCAGCAGUGCAGACCAAGGCGUUGUUCAGUAGCCACCCAUGUUACUCUUUGCUGGUUUCCUGACCCAUUUGCCUGUGUAGAGAUUAUAAUAAAUGUGCACUAAAUUCAUGAAAUAAAGCCAAUUUUGUGUCCAGA